AUGCCGCGGCCGCGCCUAUCGCUUGCGAUGCGGGACAACUGGCGCCACCUGCAGCGCCUCUACGGUCUCGACCUCGACAUAGACGAUUGCUUACCCCCGCGUCGCGCACCCUCCCUUGACUCCCUAAUCAAUUCUUCCGAAGGAGCUACUUCUAGUAUCGAUGCUUCCGCACCGGAAGACUCCGACUCAGGAGCUGACACUCGCGCUGACUCAGACCCCCCUCGACGGAAAACAAGUUCCAACCCCGAUCGGAUAAAGAAAUGCCCACAAAGUUUCUCAUCAUCGUCCAGCGGCCACAUGGAGACGAUACAUGAAGAGACAAUGGAACCAAAAGUGUCUGUGAAGGAGAUUCUCGCCCGUUUCGAGAAUCUUACUGAAAAAAUUGAUACGCAGGUAAAUCAGUGUUUGUGUGUUGUGUUCUGGAUGUAA